GAGAGGAUGCGGAUGGAAGGACGGGGGAGGGAAGGGAUGAAGGGAAACGCCACGAGGAAAGAAAAUAGGAUAUGAAAAGGGGCUUUUGCUAAGAGACCGUGAGGUGCAAGGUCGAAUAUGAGAGAUUGGUUGAACGGGGCACUUUGCGUGGUAAUAGCUGGUCGGCAAUAGUACUAUGAUUUGGUAUGUGGCCACUCUGAUAGCAAGUGUAUUCAGCACCAGAGGAACGGCCGCUCAAGGUGCCCACGGAGUGAGAGAGGAGCCCCGGUUUGUGACGGCACGCGCUGGACAGAGCGUGAUCCUGGGGUGUGACGUGUCCCCUCCCCUGGACGGCCAGCAGCCCCCCUACGUGGUGGAGUGGUUCAAGUUUGGAGUGCCUAUUCCCUUCUUCAUCAACUUCCGCUUCUACCCUCCUCAUGUGGACCCAGAGUACACUGGUAGAGCCUCUCUCCAUGGGAAGGCCUCCCUGCAGAUUGACCCAGUACGCUCUGAGGACCAGGGCUGGUACGAGUGCAGGGUCCUGAUGCUGGAGCAACAGUAUGACACCUUCCACAACGGCAGCUGGGUACACCUCACAGUCAACGCCCCACCAUCAUUUACAGUGACGCCACCACAAUAUGUGGAGGCAAAGGAAGGGGGAAGCACUCUGCUUAGCUGCUCUGCCCAGGGAAAUCCAAAACCAAUGAUCAGCUGGCUGAGAGAGGGGGAGGAGCUUGCGACCAACACAAAAUACUCGGUUCAUGAUGGCAGUCUGACCAUCCUUGGCAUCACCAGAGAUGACAGAGGGGCGUACACAUGCAGAGCCUACAGUGAGCAGGGAGAAGUGUUCCAUGCUACUCGUCUUCUGGUUCAAGGGCCUCCAUACAUCGUCUCACCACCUGAAAAUGUCACUGUAAACAUAUCCCAGAAUGCACUCUUUACCUGUCAAGCUGAGGCAUAUCCUGGCAACCUGACCUACACCUGGUUUUGGGAAGAGGAUAACGUCUAUUUCAAGAAUGAUCUGAAGCUCAGAGUGCGCAUCCUCAUCGAUGGCACCCUCAUCAUCUUCCGGGUCAAGCCCGAGGAUGCCGGGAAAUACACCUGCAGUCCAAGCAACAGCCUCGGCAUCUCGCCGUCAGCAUCAGCCUACCUAACUGUUCAGUACCCUGCCCGAGUGGUUAACAUGCCCCCAGUCAUCUACGUCCCACGGAAACUGCCAGGCAUCAUCCGCUGCCCAGUGGACGCCAACCCACCCGUUAUAUCAGUGAAGUGGGAGAAAGAUGGCUACCCGCUCAGAGUGGAGAGGUACCCCGGUUGGAGCUUGAUGCCAGAUGGAAGUAUCCGGGUGGCGGAGGCCACAGAAGACUCCCUGGGCACCUACACCUGCGUGCCUUACAACGCCCUGGGUACCAUGGGCAUGUCCCCCCCUGCCACUUUGGUGCUAAAGGAUCCCCCUUACUUUAAUGUGAGGCCUGGGGGGGAGUACCGUCAGGAGGCUGGGAGAGAGCUAGUAAUCCCCUGUGCUGCUUCUGGAGACCCUGAUAUACCAAGCAUCACCUGGAGAAAGGUGGGGAAGCCAAGCAGGAGUAAGCACAACAUCCUACCCAGUGGCAGCUUACAGUUUCUGUCCCUCAGCAAGGAGGACCAUGGAGAGUGGGAGUGUGUAGCCACUAAUGUGGUCACAAGCAUCACUGCCAGCACACGUAUCCUAGUCAUCGGCACCAGCCCACACGCUCCUGGUAAUAUCCAUGUAUUGCCCUCAACAACCUCUGCUAAUGUUUCCUGGGAACCGGGUUAUGAUGGCGGCUUCGAACAGACAUUCUCUGUGUGGUACGGUCCAGUGUCAAAGAGAGUAGAUUUUGGUCCUCAUGAUUGGCAUUCAAUGCCAGUUUCUGGUGCUCAGACCUGGUUGGUGGUGCCAGGGUUGGAACCUGGGACGGAGUACCAGUUCAGUGUGUUGGCACAAAACAAACUGGGCACGGGCCCAUUUAGUGAAGUUGUGACAGUCACCACUGCAGGCUCUCCUCUGGGUACCCCAGAACCACUGGUGCUUCUUACUCCACCACGGUGCCUCACAGCCAACCGCACGCAGCAUGGUGUUCUCCUCACAUGGCUCCCCCCAGCCAACCACUCCUCACCCAUUGACCGAUACAUCAUGGAGUUUCGCCUCGGGGAGAGGUGGGAGGUUCUGGAUGACUUGAUCCCAUCCACUGAGACUGAGCUCAUAGCAAGAGACCUCAUUCAGGACUCCUGGUAUGAGUUUCGAGUGAUGGCGGUCAUGGAUGAUCUUAUCAGUGAGAGCAGUAAUGUAGUGGGAGUGUCUAGUACAGCAGACCCCUUCCCUGCUGCGGAAUUGCCUGAAGAAGGGCUGGCGCGGCCUGUGGUGGCAGGUGUUGUGGCAACUAUCUGCUUUCUGGCAGCGGCAAUACUGUUUAGCACUCUAGCAGCUUGCUUUGUUAAUAAACAGCACCGUCGAAAACUCAAGCGUAAACCAGAUCCUCCCUUGUCUGUGACACACUUCAGGAAAAGCAUUGAGUCACCGCCUCCUCUUACCCCCUUGCCAGGGGUAGAGCCCUGCUGGGACGAGCCUGCCAGGAGCAGUUUCUUGCCCCCGCCGGCCAGCCCCCUGUUAUCUUCGGGGAAGAUAAGUCCAGAGAGCUCCCCGCCAUCUCGACCCCGCUCUCUUUCAUCAGAGGGCUCCCAAGGACCAGGCCUGUAUGUCAGAAAGCUGCCCAGCCCUCAGAGAGAAAAAGACAAAGAGCUCUCCUUCUAUAAGAAAACCAAGCGUGCCAUAGCCAGCAAGAAAUACAGUGUGUCCAAACAUGAGGCAGAGGUCACCACGCCUAUUGAGCUAAUAAGUCGUGGCCCUGAUGGCCGCUUCGUCAUGGACACCAGCCCACCUCCCCGCCGCAUCCAGGGCUUCCCCUUCGCAGAAGAGUCUGACAUGUACCCUGAGUUCCGGCAGUCUGAUGAGGAGAAUGAUAUUGACCCUGGGCCUCUCCCGCCCAUCAUGCCCACGCUGCGGCCCCAGCUCUCCCCAACGUCCUCCAGCCUGGAGUCAACGCAGCCCCCCACCUACAGCCCCCGCCUUCACAGGCCCAUGGAAGGUAUGAGCUUUGCAGAGGGCAGUGCACUUCACGCCUCAGGGCAGGCCCCGACCUCCCGCUACCGGGGCUUUCCCCAGGGCCUAUUCUAUGGGUAUCUAGGCAGUCGUGCUGAAUCAGGGAUUCCACCACCAUUCUACAUGCCUGACAUCAGCCCACGUAGCUCUGCUCUGUCCUCGCCCCCAGGCACCGCUGAGGGGCCCUUUGGUUACCCCUCAAUCCCUGAGGAAAGUGGAGAGAUGGAGCUCCAUCAGUACACUGCCUCUGGCCAUUCUCUGUCUCACACACAUAGUCCUCCUCCCCUCUCACCUGAAAGCUGGCAGCCUCAUGAGCUACCCUUCCUGGGUCUAGAGGGUCCACGGUUCAUAUACCCUCCUCACCAUCCCUUACAUCAUCCCCAGGACCUCCCUGACCCACCCCCAUACCCUCCUCACUCUCUCCCUUCUAGUCGCUUGCACCUCCCGCCUCUAAAGGAUCCAACAAGCCCUGGACUCCUACAGCUGGAGGUCCCAGUGGCCCCCCCAGGCAGAGACAGGCCCUUAGGGCCUCCGGUUAGGCGUUUAGCUAUGCAACAGGCCCAGAGUCUCGGCCAGCUCAGACACACAGCCCACGGUGUGGGUGUACCAGUGUUGCCUUACCCUGACCCGGCAGCCCGUGCAGGGAGCCCAAGCACAGCCCCCAGUAGUAGCCCUCAGUCCUGGCUUAGCCCGAGGGCAGGGCGCCGGGCAGACCCCAGCCUACCCCCGCUAGUACUUCAGCCCUCUCGUCUCUCUCCACUCUCCCAAAGCCCCCUCAGCACCCAGCCAGGUUCCCCAGAUAUUCUAGUGCGCCCCCCUCCACGCCCUAGUAUUCUCCGCACCUCUCGGUCUCUGGAGAUGUCUGAGAUCACCCUGCAGCCCUCGACCGCUGUCAGUUUCUCCCGAAGGUCCUCUCUGACCACCUCUCCCACUCAGGGCGCCAAGCAGCCCAGCCCCAGUUACCACGCCCACAUGUCCUAUGCCUCUACUGCAGCCAGUUAUCCCUCCCAGUCCCCCUCUCCCCCUCCAGAGGGCAGGGAUGUUUUCGGGCAGAGGCCAUCCCAGAGAAGGACAGAGGAGGAGAUGCUACCCUCAGAGCCCUCCCAGCUCCAGAUAUCAGCCUCAGGGGAACCUCUAGGUGCGUCUAGUGAUACUGCCGGGUCUGAGAGCUUACCAGCACUGUUACACCACUGUAUUACUAAAGCCAAGGGUGUGGCUGCCAACAACAAUAACAAUACAACAUCCACAAGGAGAACAGGCAUGUCUCCCUCUCAGACCCUGCAGCAAUCUCAGACAACCCAAGAAGGAGAGGCUCUCAACUUCCACAGAAAGAGGAAAAGGCAAAACAAGAAGAACCCCUACCGCUAUUUGACCUCCUUCCUGCACCGCAGGCAGUCCGAGGAGGACCAGACAGGCAUUCUGGCCAGUGCAGACUCUGAGGGUCCUAACUAUGGGACUCUACACUGACCUGGGUGCCCACCAAGCCAUUGGACUCGACUAAGCUGGCCCCUCCUGACGAAACCUCAACUCGGCCCUCACUGCUCCGCCACAGUAAUCAACACAUAUGUUUCUUAUAAUCUACAAGUUGAUCUGUGUUUGAGGAGCACGAAACAGCACGCCGAUUUCUCCAGGGUUGGAAAUCUCAUCUGAAGACAAGAACAAUGACUUUCUGAGUUUUUUCCCCUCCUCUCUAAGGAAUUUCACUUGAAAAUGCUCUGAAAAUAUGUAAUGUAUAUAAAUAGUAAAACAAGGGAAUUAAGCUUCCUCUUACAGUAAUAAAAUGUGUUGGUUGAGUAUGUCACAACACAUUAAAGAUUUUUCACACUGGUCUUUGGGGGGUCCAUAUCUUUAGGUUUUUCAGCGAUACAGUGUACUGUUAAGCCUGGUGCGUCCUUGUACAGGGACUUGAGUGUAUCUUUCCUACAAUACAAAUAGCGUCAGUAUUUAAACACAGGGUUUUUACCACAAAAUAUACCUCAGAGUAAACGCAGAGUUGCUGUAAUUCUUGUGGUAUACUGUACGUACUUGACCUUUUUACAUAUGAAACGUAUGGAUAAAAAGGUUUAUAUCACGCAACACUCAUUCAAAUGGAUAAUAUGGCCUAACUUUAUCUAAUUUAGAAGCUUUUUCUUAUUGGUAAUAGCUGGCACAUUGUGUUUACUUUGAUUUGUGAUCCAAUGCCAACCGUUAGAGGAGAGUGUCUUAACAUUAGUGCUUGAUGACUCGGUGUGUUUACACUCAUCGUUGCAGCAUAGCAUUAAGACAAAGAUCAUAGCCUUCAUGAGAUCUCUUAAACUAAUUUGGGACUUUAAUGCUCAGCAGAGGUUGGACUGAGGAGCGACGUGACAAAUUGUGAAAUGUAUGUAUGUAUUUCAUUAUUAAGGAAUCAUUUGUGAAAUGCGGCACGUCUCCAGGUGCCUUUUUUUAAUUUUUUGCCUUUGUUUGUUCUUUUUUCUAACAUAAACUGCCUUUUUCCUUCGCCUUCUCAUAUGUGUCUCUAUGGAGUGAGGGACUCCAAUAUUGUGUGUUGUUUUACUUUCUCUGCCAAGGACACAUUAGAGGACAUGCUACAGAGGAAGCAUAACUCUUAUUUAGUUUAUUUUAAAUGUGGGCAACUGAUUCAGCUGCAUAAGAAACAGAACAGCACACUUGUCAACAUGAAGAAUACAGAUGUUUAGACCGGAAAAAGGCAGGAAAACACAAGAACUGUACAUGCAAACAGAAGAAACUGGUUCAGUGGGGAUGUUGAUGUUUAACAGCAGCUGUUAAAGUGCUUCAGAGAGCUGUUAACAAGCAAUGGGAAAUAUUUAAACAAAUGGCCACCCUGACUGUUUAUCUUUAACUGUAUAUUAUUUGCUAGCUACUUCUGUAUGUUUGAUAAUUUUUCAACACUAACCGAUAAUGAAUGUAUGUUUUGCUGUACAGGAAAUGAAUGUCCCAAGUUACAGUGCAUUGAAUGACCCAUUUCAUUGCUUAUAGUGCAGCUUUGAUUGAUGAGACGACCAGUUGGCACAUUAAGUCCAAAUUUCUGUAUGCAGUCACACAGAUUCUGAGCCAAGUUCCCUUUGUUCUGUCAGCUACAGUAAUAAUAAUAUUUUUCAUUGGGUUUGCUAAGGGUAAUUCAAUCACUCAAAGACAUAUCAAACAGAUUUCCAUCUCCUACCAACAAAUCAGAGGUUUUCCACUAAAUAUCUACGUGAAUGAAAUCUUUAGAUAGGCGAGAAAAUGGUGAUUGCCUGAACGUGAGCUUCAAAGUGCAUAUUCUUUAACAAAUUGGUUUCAUGUAAGAUACGAGGAAAAAAAAAUCUAUAUUUGUUAUGUACUGUACAUGGUGUGUAUUGUAUUUGUAAAGAUAAAACCAUGUUUUACAGGAAGAACCUUCUCGUAUAAGGAUGUAUAAAAAGACGGGAAGGAUCCCAAGUAAAAAGAAAUUAGAUUAUAUAUCAAAGUAUUUGCUUACAGUACGGCUUUAAGUGGAUGAUUUUUUAAAAACAUUUUAAGGUGCCUAAUUUGUCAUACUUUAGCAGACAUUAUUUUAUCCCAAAAGAAAAGAAAACUUAAUGUUAGUAUCGUACAGUGUAUUAUUGCCAUAGCCCGCUGGCUGCACAAGUUGAGUAGUAUUUUCUCUGAUGUAUAGUAUGUGGAUGCCCAUUGGAGAAAGCUUUAGAAGCAGAAAUGUGUUGCCCUCUAUUAUAUUUCUGGAACAAAGUAAUACUGUAUUUUGCCCGUUCAUGAGCACACAUGUAGAUUCACUCCAGAUCUUAUCGCCUUCACGUGUCCAAAGCAAAUAAACUGAAAGAAAUGUUUUUUUCUAAGAUUAACAGACAUGCUGUAGUCAUGUACAAAAUGUGCUGUGGAGGAAAUUGUGUUUACAUUAGUUUGAUGAAGAAAAGUGUGUUAGGGCAUAGUUGCUUUGAACAUUACGACUUGGUGCUAUGUUUAACUUUGUGGUGCUGUAGAAUAGAGGUCUGAAGAUUUUUUCUGUUUCCACGAGCAACUUUUUCAGCCCUGUGUGACACUCUAGGUCCUUUUCAUUACAGUGUGACGACAGUGAUAGACAAUACUGCAAAGUAGACGUAUAACUGCAAAUAAUAGAGACUUGUGACAUUCAAAUUAACUCAAAAUGACCUGUUUUCUAUAGUGUGUUUGCAAUGUUUGUCUGUGCUUCCAAGGUACCCUCUUUAAGGUAUAUUUGUGAUGAUACUGAGAAUAUUAACCCAGCCUAAAAGGAGAAACAUAACCUGACUUAGAUUAGUACUUGCUACAGGACACAUGCAGAAGAAUCUGAAAGCAUUGUCAGGUCAUGUGAGGAUUUUUUUUUACACACUUCCAGUAGGUCUUUGGUUAACAGCACUUUUUCAAGCACACUACUCAUGUUGUCCCACCACCUUUUUGGAGGAAGAAUUCCUGUUAGUACUGUACAGUAUAGCCAUGAGUAGUCCACCCUUGUAUUUUUUCUGGCAGAAAGGUAUUGGGAAAGCUCAUACAUCCUCCCCACUGGUUUUUUACAGACGGGUGUCGUUUUCCAGGUGUUUUGUUUUCCUCAUAUUCAACAGAGAUAUGUACAGUGUUUAAGAGGGCUGCUUUGGACGUACUGUUAGCUAAGCUUUCAUUCCUGUUAUUUUCUUUUCAGUUUUUCUGCUUACAGCUUUUAGUGCAUCACUAGUUGCUGGUAGGAUGAUACUUAAAACAGAUUUGAUUUCUUAUUGUAAUAAUCUUGCAUGUAGAGACAAUACAAAAACACCUAUCUAGCAAGCAUUCAUGGACAUCUGAGAUGGUUGUCAUUGGACGGAAACUAGAAGUAUGUAGUAUUUUCUAUAUUCUUUGUUUUUUCAUGUGUACCAGCACUGAGAAACUAGAAUGUAUAAUUAUCGUAGGCUACAAUAAGCACUACAUCGUUGACUGUUUUAGCUAAUGCUCAUAUUCAAGCAAACCAAGUAGUGCUCAAAGGAAGAAAAUUUUACCACAAUUCAUUUCACUUCCAUCCACUGAACUCUGUGCUGUACAUCACAUGUUUACAUUCUGUAUAUGUUUCUGUUUUUGUGCAUAAUCUGUCUCCAUAAUGUUCAUAUGUAAAUACUUCAGAACAUUUUUUUUACUUGUUUCUCUUUUUAUAAACUGAUAAUCUGAUGUUUCUGAUUUCUGUCAGCUUUUUAAUUUUUUUUUUUUUUUUUUUUAGAAUUGUUUUUUUUUUUUCCGUCACCGCAUCAUGUAAUGUUUCACUUAACUUUUUGUGAGCAAUUAACUCAUACUGUAUGGUGCUGUACCAAAGCCUUAUGUAUAAUAUUUGUAUUACUUUUCUCUCGUUUGCCACUGCUGUCAAGUGAAAUCUGUAUUGUCUGAGAUCAUGUCUUACUUACUUUUCAUGUUCAGCUGCCAUGGCUCAUGUUUCUUUUUUUUAUUUUUGGGUAAGCAGAAACGUGAACGAACUAUGAUGUAAAAACACUCUGGCCUGUUACCAACUGGUCUGGAUGUACAGCAACAGUCGCCAUCACAAGCCUUUAUAGGGGAAAUGCACAGGCUCACCCCUGGUGGCUCAUCAUGGCGUAGACAUGGGCCUAGCACAUGAUCUAUGCUCUAUCUAUGGCAUGUUUGUGAGAAUAUGAAAGCAGUGUUGUAUUCAUGUCACCAUAUCAUUUCAAUGCUUAGUCCCAUAUAAAAUUUUCCUCUCAAAUUUUUGUAUUUUGAUAUAAUAAAAAAAAUCAAAAGAG